CGGAAGUGGUGGGACCUUAGACGGAGUUCCGUCUGGAUUGCGUUGUUGUACAUGUGUGUAACGAAGUAGCUUUGUACCGAUUUGAAGAAUGGCGGAUGUAACAGCUCGUAGCUUGCAGUACGAAUACAAAGCGAACUCUAACCUUGUACUCCAAGCCGAUCGAUCUUUGAUAGACAGGACCCGCCGAGAUGAGCCCACUGGAGAGGUGCUGUCCCUGGUGGGAAAAUUGGAUGGGACUCGUAUGGGUGACAAAGCUCAAAAAACAAAGCCACAGAUGCAGGAGGAGAGACGUGCCAAGAGAAGAAAGCGAGAUGAAGAUAGGCAUGAUAUUAACAAGAUGAAAGGAUUCACUCUGCUUUCUGAGGGUAUUGAUGAGAUGGUCGGCAUUAUAUAUAAGCCAAAAACCAAGGAGACAAGAGAGACAUAUGAAGUGCUUCUUAGCUUUAUUCAGGCAGCACUGGGAGAUCAGCCAAGAGACAUCCUGUGUGGAGCCGCAGAUGAGGUGUUGGCAGUGCUGAAGAAUGACAAACUCCGAGAUAAGGAUAGGAGAAGGGAGGUGGACCAACUCUUAGGGCAAACCGAUGACACACGUUACCAUGUGUUAGUGAACUUGGGCAAGAAGAUUUCAGAUUAUGGUGGCGACAAAGAGAUUCAGAAUAUGGAUGACAACAUUGAUGAAACCUAUGGAGUCAAUGUGCAGUUUGAAUCUGAUGAAGAGGAAGGAGAUGAAGAUGUGUACGGAGAGGUGCGGGAUGAAGCAUCUGAUGAUGAUAUGGAAGGAGAUGAAGCUGUUGUGCGUGGAACCUUAACGGCCAACCUUGUGACAUCCGGCGAACUAAUGAGUUCAAAGAAAAAGGACCUUCACCCCCGAGACAUUGAUGCUUUCUGGUUACAGAGACAGCUCAGCCGCUUUUAUGAUGAUGCCAUUGUAUCUCAGAAGAAAGCAGAUGAAGUUAUGGAGAUCCUCAAGACUGCAGGAGAUGACCGCGAGUGUGAAAACCAGUUGGUUUUGCUGCUGGGAUUCAACACUUUUGAUUUCAUCAAAGUGCUCCGGCAGCAUCGUAUGAUGAUUCUGUUCUGUACUCUUCUGGCCAGCGCUCAAAGUGAAGCAGAAAAAGAAAGGAUUAUGGGAAAAAUGGAAGCCGACCCAGAAUUAUCUAAGUAUCUCUACCAGCUAAAUGAAACUGAAAAGGAGGAUCUAAUUCGGGAAGAACGUUCACGAAGGGAAAGGGUCAGACAGUCACGUGUUGACACUAAUCUAGAAAGCAUGGAAAUGGAACAGGGCGGGGAGGCUUUUGCACCUCGUCAAGUAUUGGAUCUGGAGGAUUUGGUUUUUGCUCAAGGUAGUCACUUCAUGGCCAACAAACGAUGCCAACUGCCAGAUGGCUCCUUCAGGCGUCAGCGCAAAGGCUAUGAAGAAGUGCAUGUACCAGCAUUGAAGCCCAAACCAUUUGCUGCUGACGAGCAACUUAUGGCAGUGGAUAAGCUUCCCAAAUACGCUCAGGCUGGCUUUGAGGGCUUCAAAACACUGAACAGAAUUCAGAGUAAAUUAUUUAAAGCUUCUAUGGAAACGGAUGAGAACUUGCUGCUCUGUGCUCCCACUGGAGCUGGUAAGACAAACGUGGCCCUGAUGUGCAUGCUCCGGGAGAUUGGGAAACACAUAAACGUUGAUGGCACUAUCAAUGUUGACAACUUCAAAAUAAUUUAUAUCGCUCCCAUGAGGUCUUUGGUACAAGAGAUGGUGGGAAGCUUUAGUAAGCGCUUGUCUACAUAUGGCAUCACUGUAGCAGAGUUGACUGGAGAUCACCAACUAUGUAAAGAGGAAAUUAAUGCUACUCAGAUCAUUGUAUGUACUCCAGAAAAAUGGGAUAUCAUCACUCGCAAAGGAGGAGAAAGGACGUAUACACAACUUGUGCGUCUCAUUAUUUUGGAUGAAGUCCACUUGCUGCAUGAUGAUAGAGGACCAGUGCUGGAGUCAUUGGUGGCCAGAGCUAUUCGCAACAUUGAGAUGACUCAGGAGGAUGUGAGGCUGAUCGGACUAAGUGCCACACUUCCAAACUAUGAGGAUGUGGCCACUUUCCUUCGUGUGGACCCUGCCAAGGGGCUCUUUUACUUUGACAACAGUUUUCGUCCAGUUCCUCUUGAGCAGACUUAUGUGGGUAUCACAGAGAAGAAGGCAAUCAAACGCUUCCAGAUUAUGAAUGAAAUUGUGUAUGAAAAGAUCAUGGAGCAUGCCGGAAAGAACCAGGUCUUGGUGUUUGUACAUUCAAGGAAGGAAACUGGCAAAACAGCCCGUGCUAUCAGGGACAUGUGCCUGGAGAAAGAUACCCUUGGACUCUUCUUGAGAGAGGGAUCUGCCUCCACUGAAGUCUUGCGUACAGAAGCAGAGCAGUGCAAGAACUUGGAACUGAAGGAUCUCCUUCCGUAUAGCUUUGCUAUUCACCAUGCUGGUAUGAGUCGUGUAGACAGGACUCUGGUGGAAGAUCUGUUUGCCGACAAACAUAUUCAGGUUCUGGUCUCUACCGCAACUCUGGCCUGGGGUGUGAAUCUCCCUGCUCAUACUGUCAUCAUUAAAGGAACUCAGGUUUACAGCCCUGAGAAGGGUCGCUGGACAGAGCUGGGUGCCUUGGAUAUCCUUCAGAUGCUGGGGAGAGCUGGGCGUCCUCAGUACGACACAAAAGGUGAAGGAAUCCUCAUUACAUCCCAUGGGGAGUUGCAGUAUUAUCUGUCCUUGCUAAACCAGCAGCUGCCAAUAGAGAGUCAAGUAGUGACAAAGCUUCCAGACAUGCUGAAUGCAGAAGUUGUGCUGGGAAAUGUGCAGAAUGCAAAGGAUGCUGUUAACUGGCUAGGUUACACCUACCUGUAUAUUCGCAUGCUGCGGUCACCGACCUUGUAUGGUAUUUCCCAUGAUGACCUGAAAUCUGACCCCUUAUUAGAACAGAGGCGUCUUGACUUGAUUCAUACAGCAGCCCUUAUGUUGGACAAAAACAAUCUUCUGAAAUAUGACAAGAAAUCUGGGAACUUACAGGUGACAGAGUUGGGUCGUAUUGCAAGCCACUACUACAUUACCAAUGAUUCAAUGCAAACUUAUAACCAGCUUCUGAAGCCAACUCUUAGUGAGAUUGAGUUGUUCCGUGUCUUCUCUUUGUCAUCAGAGUUUAAGAACAUCACAGUCAGAGAGGAGGAGAAGCUGGAGCUGCAGAAACUGCUUGAGAGAGUUCCUAUUCCAGUUAAAGAAAGUAUUGAGGAACCAAGUGCCAAGAUUAACGUCCUUCUCCAAGCCUUCAUUUCACAACUGAAGCUUGAAGGCUUUGCCCUGAUGGCAGAUAUGGUCUAUGUUACUCAGUCUGCAGGACGUCUUAUGAGAGCAAUAUUUGAGAUUGUGCUGAAUAGAGGAUGGGCACAGCUUACUGACAAGACUCUGAACCUCUGCAAGAUGAUAGACAAGAGAAUGUGGCAGUCCAUGUGUCCAUUGCGCCAGUUCAAGAAGCUGCCAGAGGAAGUGGUAAAGAAGAUUGAGAAGAAAAAUUUUCCUUUUGAACGGUUGUAUGAUUUGAACCACAAUGAAAUAGGUGAACUGAUCCGGAUGCCAAAAAUGGGGAAAACAAUCCAUAAGUAUGUUCACCUUUUCCCAAAGCUUGACCUAGCUGUGCAUUUACAACCCAUCACUCGUUCCACUCUAAAGGUGGAACUUACAAUUACGCCAGACUUCCAGUGGGAUGAGAAGGUCCAUGGCACAUCUGAGGCAUUCUGGAUUCUGGUGGAGGAUGUAGACAGUGAAGUGAUUUUGCACCAUGAGUAUUUCUUGCUAAAAGCAAAAUAUGCUCAGGAUGAACACUUGGUCACCUUCUUUGUACCAGUCUUUGAGCCACUUCCACCUCAGUACUUCAUCCGUGUCGUCUCUGAUCGUUGGCUGUCCUGCGAGACACAGCUGCCAGUAUCUUUCCGGCAUUUGAUACUGCCUGAGAAGUACCCUCCUCCCACUGAACUGCUGGACCUACAGCCCUUGCCUGUCUCUGCCUUGAGAAACAGUGCUUUUGAGAGCCUAUACCAAGACAAAUUCCCCUUUUUUAACCCUAUACAGACACAAGUUUUCAAUACUGUGUAUAAUAGCGAUGACAAUGUUUUUGUGGGUGCACCUACUGGCAGUGGAAAGACGAUCUGCGCAGAAUUUGCUAUAUUAAGGAUGCUGCUGCAGAACUCUGAGGGCCGCUGUGUGUAUAUCACCCCUAUGGAGGCUCUGGCAGAACAGGUGUUUAUGGAUUGGUUUGAGAAGUUCCAGGAACAGCUUUACAAAAAGGUUGUCCUACUGACCGGCGAGACAAGCACAGACCUGAAGCUACUGGGGAAGGGUAACAUCAUUAUCAGCACACCAGAGAAGUGGGAUAUCUUGUCUCGCCGGUGGAAGCAGCGCAAAAAUGUUCAGAAUGUGAGCUUGUUCAUCGUAGAUGAGACUCAUCUCAUAGGGGGAGCCAAUGGGCCAGUUCUGGAGGUCAUUUGCUCCCGUAUGCGAUACAUCUCAUCGCAGAUAGAGAGGCCCAUACGCAUUGUAGCUCUGAGUUCUUCUCUUUCAAACGCCAAGGAUGUUGCUCAUUGGUUAGGCUGCAGUGCCACUUCUACGUUCAACUUCCAUCCCAAUGUGAGACCUGUUCCACUUGAGCUGCACAUACAGGGCUUUAAUAUCAGUCACACGCAAACCAGGUUGCUCUCAAUGGCAAAGCCAGUGUAUCAUGCCAUUGUCAAGCACUCUCCUAAGAAACCCAUCAUUGUUUUCGUCCCUUCACGGAAGCAGACACGUCUCACUGCAAUUGACAUUCUCACUACUUGUGCUUCAGAUGUUCAGAGGCAGAGGUUUCUGCACUGCACAGAGAAGGAUCUAGCGCCAUACCUGGAAAAGCUGAGUGACGAAACACUGAAAGAGACGCUGUUAAAUGGAGUAGGCUAUCUGCACGAAGGGCUGUCCUCACUAGAGAGGCGAAUAGUGGAGCAACUCUUCAAUACAGGUGCGGUACAAGUGAUAGUGGCCUCGCGCAGCUUAUGUUGGGGUCUGAAUAUUGCUGCUCACCUGGUGAUCAUCAUGGAUACUCAAUAUUAUAAUGGCAAGAUCCAUGCGUAUGUGGAUUAUCCCAUUUAUGAUGUCCUCCAGAUGGUAGGAUAUGCAAACCGCCCACUGCAGGAUGAUGAGGGACGCUGUGUAAUAAUGUGCCAGGGGUCAAAGAAGGAUUUCUUCAAAAAGUUCCUGUAUGAACCUCUGCCUGUGGAGUCCCACUUGGAUCAUUGCCUGCAUGACCACUUCAAUGCAGAAAUUGUCACCAAGACUGUUGAAAACAAACAGGAUGCUGUGGACUACCUCACAUGGACGUUCCUGUACCGGCGCAUGACACAAAACCCCAAUUACUACAACUUGCAAGGUGUGUCACACAGGCAUCUCUCAGAUCACCUCUCCGAGCUUGUUGAACACACACUCAGUGAUCUAGAGCAAUCGAAGUGUAUAAGCAUUGAAGAUGAGAUGGAUGUUGCUCCUCUGAACUUGGGCAUGAUUGCAGCCUAUUACUAUAUCAAUUACACCACCAUUGAGCUUUUCAGCAUGUCAUUGAAUGCCAAGACCAAGGUUAGAGGGUUGAUAGAAAUAAUCUCCAAUGCUGCAGAGUACGAGAGCAUACCUAUCCGCCAUCAUGAGGACAACUUGCUACGACAGUUGGCACAGAAGGUCUCCCACAAACCUACAAACCCCAAGUUCAAUGACCCUCAUGUGAAGACUAACCUCCUGCUUCAGGCUCAUCUCUCCCGCAUGCAACUGAGUGCAGAGCUCCAGUCUGACACAGAAGAGAUCCUCAGCAAGGCAAUCCGUCUCAUCCAAGCAUGUGUUGAUGUGCUUUCCAGUAACGGCUGGCUAAGCCCUGCAUUAGCUGCUAUGGAGCUUGCCCAAAUGGUUACUCAGGCUAUGUGGUCCAAGGACUCCUACCUGAAACAACUGCCUCAUUUCACUUCUGAAAACAUCAAGAGGUGCACAGACAAGGGUGUGGAAAGUGUAUUUGAUAUCAUGGAAAUGGAGGAUGAGGACCGCACUGAGCUACUGGCUCUUUCUGACCCCCAAAUGGCUGAUGUGGCCCGGUUCUGUAAUCGGUACCCUAACAUUGAGUUGUCGUAUGAAGUAGCAGAUAAAGAAAUGAUAAGGAGUGGUGGUGCUGUCGUUGUCCUGGUUCAGCUUGAACGUGAAGAGGAAGUUACUGGACCUGUAAUUGCUCCUCUCUUCCCCCAGAAACGUGAGGAAGGCUGGUGGGUGGUGAUUGGAGAUGCAAAAUCAAACAGUCUGAUUUCAAUCAAGAGACUAACGCUGCAACAGAAAGCAAAGGUGAAGCUGGAUUUUGUGGCACCUGCAACAGGAAACCACAACUACACCCUUUACUUCAUGAGUGACGCUUACAUGGGCUGUGACCAGGAAUACAAGUUCAGUGUGGAUGUAAAAGAGGCUGAGAGUGACAGUGACUCUGAUUAAAAGGAACGAACUGUGUAGCUGAGAGCGACUUGGAUGCCAGUUUUCAAUAGCUGCCUAGUUCAGAUGGAAGCAGCAACUUUUACUUGUAGAUAAAGGACAGUUUGUGAUCGUGUAAAUACAGUCUAUCUUUGAUGUCUAUAUAAAGGGGAAAUGUGCUAACAUCUUUGCGUCGUUAUAACAUUGUUUGUAGCUGGGGCAGAGCUACAUCGAUUGUGUUUGAAAUCUGCACCUUGUAGAUGUUCUAUUUCCCGAAUUAAAUUUUUACUUGUAUAUAA